CGAUGCAAAAUUUGUUUUAAUUGCUCCCCCAGUUCUUGGUAUUGCCCAACCAACACGUUACUAUUUUGAAGUUGUGAACUGUAAACUUUAUAUUAAAAAGAUGGAUCUUAUGGACGGACUAGCAUUAGACAUUGCUAGAAAACUUGACAUUAAACCUGCCCGUUAUGCUAUAAGGAAGACUAUGAUGAAACCCCUCUUUAUUAGUCAAGGGAGAUAUGAAUUUAAUGCCAAUCUGUUUAUGGACCAAAUACCCCGGAGAAUAACACUUGGUCUAGUCGCUAACUCUGACUAUGUUGGAAAUUUUGGACGAAGUCCUUUCAACUUUCAACACUUUAAUGUUCGCGAAAUUAGCAUUAUUGCGAACGGUCGAAGUUACCCCCAAGCCCCAUAUGACUUUGAUUACAUUAACGGGAAAUAUGUUCGAGCAUUUAAUGACAUGAAUGACGCUAUUGGUUUAGCUACCUCUUCAGAAAGUAAUGGAAUUAAUUAUCUACAGUACGGAAUUACUCAUUGUAUAUACAUCUUCAACUUAACCAAUAGUGGGGACGAUCAGGGAGGACUUUUUGAUUUGAUAAAGAAUGGGACAACAGCGGUGAAUAUUAAAUUUAGUCAGCCAGUACCAGACGGAGGAAUUAUGCUUGUGGCUAUGGGAGAAGCAGACUCAUUGAUUAUUUUAGAUAAAAAUCGUACUAUCGCUAGUGACACUACUAUAUAA